CGGUAAGUGUCCAGUACUAGCAGCAGCAUGGCGACUGCAGCAGCAGACAGCGCAGAUGGACCUUCGUAUGAAAGUGAAGAUAAAUGUAAAGAAGAUCGAGACGAUAAACCGGCACCGAGCCAGAGUUCAGCUAAUGAACCGAAUACAGAAGCGAAACCGGUGUGUCUCAUAGUUCUAGGCAUGGCAGGGUCAGGAAAAACAACUUUUGUGCAGAGGCUCACAGCUUACCUACACUCCAAGAAAACUCCUCCAUAUGUCAUCAAUCUCGAUCCUGCAGUUCAUGAGGUCCCAUUCCCAGCCAACAUUGAUAUCAGAGACACUGUCAAUUACAAGGAGGUCAUGAAGCAAUAUGGUUUAGGUCCAAAUGGAGGAAUCGUCACAUCUCUGAAUCUGUUUGCAACACGAUUCGAUCAGGUCAUGAAGUUUAUUGAGAAAAAGCAAAGUAAUCACCAGUAUGUUUUGAUUGACACUCCUGGACAAAUAGAGGUGUUCACAUGGUCGGCAUCUGGAACUAUUAUAACUGAAACACUGGCCUCUUCUUUUCCCUGUGUGGUUAUUUAUGUGUUGGAUACGUCUCGAAGUGUGAAUCCUGUCACCUUCAUGUCCAACAUGUUGUACGCCUGCAGUAUUCUCUACAAGACCAAGCUACCAUUCAUAGUUGCCAUGAACAAGACUGACAUCAUUGAUCACAGUUUUGCGGUGGAGUGGAUGCAGGACUUUGAAGUGUUCCAGGAUGCUUUGAAUCAGGAGACGUCUUACGUUAGUAACCUGACCCGCUCUAUGAGUCUCGUCCUGGAUGAGUUCUACACCAACCUGAGGGUUGUCGGUGUGUCUGCAGUGACAGGUUCUGGGCUUGAUGAACUGUUCGUACAGGUUGCAGAUGCUGCUAAAGAGUAUGAAACCGAGUAUCGCCCUGAAUAUGAACGUCUGCACAGAGAGCUGUCUGAAGCUCAGAGUCAGAAACAACAGGAGCAGUUGGAACGCCUUCGGAAAGACAUGGGAGCAGUUCCCAUGGAAACUGCAGCUCCUACCGAAGCCCCAGAUCUUGGUGGGCCUAGCGACCUCAUCUUUAACCGAGGCAACCCAGAUGAAGCCGAGGAAGACACGGACAGCGAUACUGAUGAUAUCGAUCACGCAGUCACAGAAGAAAGUAAAGAGGCCGGUGCUUUCGGGAACUUCCUGAAGGAGAGAAGAGAAGUAGUGCAGGUGCGCAACAGGGAGUCAAAGUGAGGGCUCGGUCACUCAUUUGAGUUUGACCCCUGAACUUUGACGCAUCUACUUCCUUAACUGUGGAAGACUCCAAAAUAGAUUUUGGUGGCUAAUAAAGGGCCGUUUUCAAUGAAUCUGCUACAAUUGUAGCCGCCUGCACGUCCUGCUGCCACAUCAACAAAGCCUGCGCUGAGAUUUCACAAUGGCAAAUAAGUACAUUUGUAUUGGAACAUAAGUGUUGCAUCACUGCAAAACCAAACAUCGGCAUAUUUUGUCUUGUGUCUCCAUUGAGCAUGUUAUUGCACAAAGAAAAUAAUGUGUGUUUUUUCUUUUGCAUUAUGUAUUUAUGUACGUUCUACAAUUUUAUUUGUUUGUUAAAAACUCAUAACAACCUGGAACAGAAGCCGAAAAUCUGAAAUUUCUCUUUUAAGGAAUGGACUCCUAUACCUAUACAGUUUGCAUUUCUAUUAUGGUAAAUAAAAUAUUUUUAUACAUACAGUAUACAAAACCA